AUGAGUACCAGCCCAGACACGGACCCCGGUCGCUGCAAGGCCAUUGCUAUCUCGACUGGCCAGAGAUGCACACGCCGUGGUAAACUCGACGGAUAUUGCACAGAGAAGCACAAGCAGCAAGCGGACUCGACUAAUGGACUCUGGGGUCUCCACCGUCAGCCCGGUGCUUCGCCCUUCACGGAUUCAGAGGGUGAGACCCAGCCGACGCCUGCAGACAUGACCAAAAAAUCCAAGACAAACAAAGCUCUGAAGGCCCUCGGGAUCAAGAAGUCGGCGGUCGCAGAUAAUCAACCUGCUCCUGCUUCUGCUCCUGCCCCUGUCCCUGUGCCCACCCCGCUCUCUGCAAGCACGCCUUCCCCCACAGGCUCCUCAUCCAAGGUAUCCAAGGCAUCAUCGUCCAAGACAUCAAAGACGACAACGUCCGCGAAGAAGGUGCCUGCGACCAGAAAGAAGGCGGCGACAAAGACGACAAAGGCCAAGAAACAAGUCGAGUCGUCCGAGGAAUUUGAACCGGAUUCAGACGAUGAUUACCAACCAUCCGAUAGCGGUGGUUACAGUGACAGCGACUCGGACGACGACGACGACGAUGAUGAUGACGAGGACGACACGGAUGAGGAUUUGGAUGAGCUGUCUGGAAAGAUGGCCUCAGUCAGGAUCAAGCCCGAUGACCCAGCGCUGCCUCCCAGGCCCAGUAACCGUCCACUGGGUGCCAAGCUCAAGCGCACCAAGUCCAAGAUCGUCAACACCACAGCUGUCCUUGCACCGCCCAAGAACAAGACAAAGGCGAGCUCAAAGACCGGUCGCCCCACAGGCGGAUUCUGGGUGGCUGCUCCGGCGCCGGUCAAGAUCCCAGAGUCGACCCUCAAGAUCCUGUCCUCGGUCAGGGACAAGCUGACACAUCAGGACAGCAGCAGCAGCGACCUCGUAUCGCCUGUCCAGUCUAGCAAUGGUGAGAAGAAACAUUCGAGUCUCUUCAAGUACCGUGCUCGUAUGCAGAGCUUCCUCUUCCGCGACGAGGAUGAGUCUGAUCAGGAUUCGAAGAAGACUGGAGUGAGGAGUAUGUUCAAGUCGCUCUUCCACAAGAUCAAGAAGAGCGACUCAGAUAUUCAGGAGAAGCCGCUGCCAGAGCUUCCAUCAAAGUCGUCGAACGAGCAUAGGCCGUCGGUGGACAGUGCGGACUCGGUGACGAAGGACAUCAGUGAGCUGUCUUUGAAGGAUUCACCGGACGAGGCCCCGAACCAGUGUCAUGGAUUCAACUCGAACGGACAUCGGUGCAAGCGCAAGGUCAAGCUGGACAGACCUAUUGAGAAGGGCGAGGUGCUGAUGUGUCAUGACCAUGAGGUCAAUGAGGACGACGAGGUCGUUGUUCACAUCGAGGGCAAGGGAGGAGUCAUGCUCCAAUGGCUGGAUUUAUCCUCCUGGGUCAACCCUAAUCUCCCGGAUUAUGUUCAGAACAAGCUACGAAAGGCUAUGGAGAGGCCUGUCUCAGAUACGGACAAGCCGGGUUACAUCUAUGCUUACCAACUGCUUGAGACUCGUGUCACGGACUCUCACACAUUGUUCAAAGUGGGCCGUACCGACAACGUGUUCCGGCGUAUGAGUGAAUGGUCCGACAAAUGUGGGUCCCCACCUCGACUGAUCGAGGUCUUCCCCGAGCAAGGGUCCCUAGCACCCAAGGAUGAGAACGAUUUGUCAGAGACGGUGAUGAUGGUUGCGGGCGAUAAUGAGGUGACGGGUCUGCGAUGCCGUUACGCGCACCGGGUGGAGAGAUUGAUCCAUAUUGAGUUGAAGCCCUAUCAUGACAAGGACCAUAUCUGCGCAUGCAAAACCAACCAUCGCGAGUGGUUCAAGGUACCCCAUCAGCCUGGGUUGAGUGAAUCGAAGCAGAUGAAGCAGGCGUGGGGACAGGUGCGGAGGGUGAUUGUACACUGGAUGGCUUACAUGGAACAUGUCUAUGGUCCUGGAUAA